CAGUGUAGGAAAUGACCACACUACCCUCAGUCUCGCCGCUUUCAUUUUCAGUUGCAGCCUUUUUCGCUGCAACACAGAACACACACUCACUCUUGUUAUUCGCUCUUUCUUCUUCUUCUCUGAAUUUGUGGACAAUCGCAAAACCCUAGGCACUCUCACUCGCAUUUCACGGACUCGUUUUCCAGGAUAUAGUAGUAGUUACCUACUGCAGUUCAUGGCUUGGGAUCUCUGGGGUUCGUCCUAUGCCCAAGUUGCGAGUGGUAGUAAUUACUGGUCACAGCAUCCUGAAUGUGACUUCUACUUUGGGUGUGGCCGUGAUUUGAUAGAGGAGGAUGCCUUGAAUGUGGAAUCCUGUGUCCGGGUUUUGAGAAUUUUGAUCACCAAGGCAGAUACCGAGAUCGAGGAACUUGAAAGGGACCUCUUGUUUCUUCAGAAUGAAUUGGCCUGCGCCGAGCAUGAAAAAUGGCCUGAUAUAUGCCGUGCUGUUCUCACUGAGAGAAUCAACCGGCUUGAUGUGGCGGUUAGCACUUUGAAGAAUGAUCAUGCUGAUGAUGCGGAGAUGCAGCCACUGUUAGAUAGUGAACCUGCUGAGACACUUCAUGAAAUACUUGCUCAGUCUCUGGAUAUGAAAAUGUUGAGUCCAAUUGUGAAUCUAGACAAGGAUUCUAGCACUUUUGAUUCUAAUAUAAUCAUUAAGGGGGAAGAAAAAGAACUCCAUGGAACCUCUGAAAGCUCUGGAAGCUCAGAACUUCUUUUGGAGCUUCAUGGAAAGAGAUCAGAUAAUCCCGAAAAGAUUGAGGAAUUGUCUGAAAAAUCUCUUGUUAGAAGUCCUGAUUUGGGGGCUAUCAUCCAUGCACCUGAUCACUCUGUUGAGACAAAAUUAUCAGAAACAUUUGAUAAUGACGUUACUGGAAAUGAAGAAGUCAGAAGAAGUCAACACAUUAGUACAGAUAUAGGUCAAGUGUUGGAUUUGUUUUCUGCCAAAGACGAUGAAAACAUUCCAAAUGGAGUCAAGAAAGGAAAUGAAUUUGUCAAAGAAAAAGAUGUUAGCUCAGAUGAUUUUAGACCUGCAAUUGGUGUCAAGGGGAGGAAAGAGUAUCCUCAUUCCAGGUUAGUUACUUCACAACAACGAAAAGGUGAACCUGAUCACUCUGAUUGGAUGAAAUUAUCAGAAACAUCUGAUAGUAAACUUGCUGGAAAUGAAGAGGUCGGAAGAAGCCAACUCAUUAAUACAAAUAUAGGUCAAAUGUUGGAUUUGUUUUCCGCCAAAGACAAUGGAAAUAUUCCAAGUGAAGUCAAGGAAGAAAAUGAAGUUGUCAAACAAAAAGAUGUUAGCUCAGAUGAUUUUAGACCUGCAAUUGGCAUCAAGGGGAGGGAAGAGUAUCCUCAUUCCAGAUUAGCUACUUCACAACAAAAAAGUGGACCUGAAUCUCCUGAUCACUCUGAUUGGAUGAAAUUAUCAGAAACAUCUGAUAAUAAAGUUGCUGGAAAUGAUGUUGAAAGAAGCCAACUCAAUGAUACAGAUAUAGGUCAAAUCUUGGAUGUGUUUUCUGCCGAAGACAACGAAAAUAUUCCAAGUGAAGCCCAGAAAGAAAAUGAAUUUGUCAAAGAUGUUAGCUCAGAUGAUUCCAGACCUGCAACUGACAUCAAAGUGAGGAAAAAGUAUCCUAAUUCCAGAUUAGCUACUUCACCUCAACGAAAAUGUAGAAAUUCUAAUUUAGACAAAAAGCUAUGUGAUAUUGCUCCAAAAACUGCACGGAAGGCCUACAAGAAACAGUCCAAGGUUGCUCCAGAUAAAGAUUUGAACUCCAUGGAUUUACCUUUACAAGUAUUUUAUCCUCAAACAUUUUGUAGCGCCAAUACUGAAUUUUGCUCCUUUAAAGGAAGUAAUGGGAUUCAAACCAAGAGUGCCCUGUAUACUGAUUUACAGCUGAUAGAUGAAGAUGAAGAGGAACAAGAAGCACAAGACCUUAAAUCCCAAAUUACUACUAAAUUCAGAAAGUUGAACAUGAGUUUCCCUUCAAAGCUAAAAGCUCGGGAAAAGCAGGAACUGGAACUAGAGGCAUUUUCUUCCAGAGAACCAUAUGACAGUUGUACAGAAGUUAUUCAAAGUACACCCAUAAUUGUAUCAACCAAGAGGCAGCGAAGAUCCAAACCCUGUAAUGAUGUUGCCAUUUUAACUGAGCCGAUGAACCGGAAGAAAAUUUCUAGAAGGGCAGUGCAACCUGACAAGCAUGAAACUGAAGGUGGUGCUAUUGUUCCUUAUGAUAGCAACUUCUCUGAAUUACAAAAGAGAAGAAAAGUUUCAAAGUUGCCAAUCACCGUGGACAUGGAAACAAAUUCAGAUAGGGUUUCUAUGGACAGUGGAAGCCAGUUAGUUCUUCAUACUAGCAAGUUGCAUUCCUUGGUGGAUUCCCAUGAUGGGACCUCAUCUUUGCUGCCUGGUGACUUGAAUAGCUUGUCAUUGACUGAUUUGAGGGCCAUGGCAAAGGACCACAAAGUAAAACAGUACUAUAAGCUUCGAAAAGGAGCUUUGGUUGAACAAUUAGCUAAGCAGUUCAAAAGCUGCUGAACUUAUUACUGGUGGUAACCCAUUUUUCUGCCAUGCUUUUUUGGGUAUCCCUCUUGGUUGGUUUUGGUAAUGUCCAGUGGUUCCCUGGAAUUUGGUAUAGGAUUCUGACAUAGUUAUGAAUGAUACAUAGGCAAACCAAAAUGGGUUUUGUAACAGGAAAUUGUACAGCCUAUAUAGAUAGAAUUCUUAACAGUUUGUAAAUGAAAGGAAGUAUAGGUUUUCUUCCUUGCAACUGGUUAGUCAUUGUGACUGCAGAGGAGACUUCAAACUAACUGUUGUGCCGCAUUCACAUGCUGUGAGAUUGAUUGUUAAAAUAUGAAGCGCGGUUUACAGCAUUAACAAAUUUGAUGAUGUUACUUUCAGUUUUAUACAGUCUUUAUAAAUAUUUUACACAA